AUGUCUAUUAUUCGCGAUAAUCGUGGUAUAAGAUCAAGUAGUUUUCGAAAUCUGGAUCGUUCACAAAGUAGACAGUCUUAUGAACGAUUUAUGAAUCGGCCAUUAAUUUUGAAAGCACGUCAUACAACGUCUUCUACAAAUCAUGCUAACGAUCGUACAAGUCAUCAAACUGAUAGAAGUAGAUCAAACUCUAGUGCUAUCAGAUAUCGUGAAAAUCAAGAUUACCAUUCAAACAUAGGAGAUUCAGAAAGACGACCAAGCUUCAACGAGCAAACUCGGUAUUCUAGUAGUAACAACAUUAACCGUCGUUACUAUGGAAAACGUGAUUCUACGACAUUUAAAGCAAGAUUUGAUAGUCCACCAAUUAAACGACCGCGUUUACCUCCUGUUUCAUAUUCUGCACUUAUUAAAUUAGUUGAUAAAUCAUCAGAUGAAAUUCUUAUUGAAAUGCUUCAUCCAAAUUUUCAAUUAAACAAAUUUUUAAAUGAUAAACGUAUGAAAGAAAGAUACGAUUGGAUUCAUUCAAUGACAAUAUUACUUGAAAAAAUAACGAAAUGUAUAGGAUCAAAUGAUCAUAUCCGAAAUGUCUUUGAACAAUUACCUGAUACACUUUAUCUCGAAGGUGUUUAUGAUGAAGUUCGAAAUGUUGAUCCUAAUACAAAUCAACUACGUUUUAAUUUUAUUGAAUUAUUUCUUAAAGUAUCAAAUACAUUUCUUGUUAUGAUACCAUAUUCAGCAGAUGUUUUAACGAAAAUUUUUGAACGUAUUGAAUUACAAUUUAGUAAAAUUAAAUAUGAAUCACGUGAAUUUGAAGUCACAAAAAGGAUACUUGAUGAAGUACUUGAAGAAGUCAAAAACAUUGAAAACCGACAAAAACAAAAACAAGAAUUACUAAAUGCAAAUUCUUUUAAUACUACAAAUACGAUUGCUACUAUUCAAAAUGAUAGUAAUCAACUAUCUGAUGAUUAUCAUCAAUUACCCGUAGUUCCCAAUUUAACGGAAAUUUUAUCUGAACAACGGCCAUAUCUUCGAAAAAAUAUUGUUGAUGGUAUAUAUGAAAAUGCUCAACAAUAUCUUGAUAUUCAUUUUCGUCUUUUACGCGAAGAUUUUGUGGGACCAUUACGUGAUGGUAUUCAACAAUAUUUAUCCAAAGUUCCAGGAAAAAAUUCAAACAUACGAAUAUAUGAAAAUGUUUAUUUACUUGGUUCACGAUUAAUUCCACAAAGUGGACUUGUUUAUGAUUUACUUUUGGAUUCAAGAAUAGCAUCAAAAAUAUAUUGGGCUAAUAGUCGACGUUUAUUAUAUGGGAAUUUACUAGUUCUUACAUUUAAUAAUUUUCAAUCAUGUGCAUUUUGCACAAUUGAAGAUCGUUCACAAGUCGAAAAAAAAUUUAUUAUAUCAGUUAAAACAUUAAAAGAAUUAAAAAAUUUUGAACAAACUCAAAUGAAUCUAGAUGUUGUUGAUCGUUCAUGUUCAUUAACAAUGAUUGAGACAAUGGUAUAUUUUGAAGCAUAUCAUCCAGUUCUUAAUGCAUUACAAAUAAUACCUUCGAAUCAUAGAUUUCCUCUUGGUUCAUUUCUUCUUAAAUUAACAAAUGAAAUGACAACACCAGAUUAUAUUAAACCAACAACAACAUAUGAUUUUACACCACUUCUUGUUGACCUAAAUUCAGAUGUUAAUGCAAGUUUAAUCAUUCAUCAAACAUUUUUAGAUGGUAAUAACAGAAUUCGAAGACGAAUCGAACCUAUAACAACAAAAGAAUUUAAAAUUGAAUAUAAACAAGCAAAUCAAAUUGACAAUAAAUAUAAAACAAUUUGCAUAGUGAAUAAAGAUGAAUGGCCAACAAGUGAAGAAUUACAUCUUAAUCCAAAACAACGUGAAGCUUUAAUAUUAGCUUUAAUAAAUAAAGUUGCACUUAUACAAGGGCCACCAGGCACUGGAAAAACCUUUCUUGGUGUACGUAUAACAGAAAUGCUUUUAUACAAUCGUUCAGUUUGGUGUCCAUCUGAUGAACAAUCAACACCAAUUCUUAUGAUUUGUCAUACAAAUCAUGCACUUGAUCAAUUUUUAGAAUUAAUUGUUAAACGUUUAAAUAUACGUGAAGGUAUUAUUCGUGUUGGAAGUCGAUGUGAAAAUAGAACAAUUCAAGAAUUUUCAUUAACUAUUGCACGUCGACUUGCUAAAGAGAAGCGUUCUACACCUCGUGAUGUCUAUUAUGAAAAACAUAAAAUAUUAGCGAAUAAAUUUGAAACUGAAAAACUUUUAAAAUUACACCAAUAUGAAAUGGAAAGGUCACAAACAAAUAUAACACCUCUUCAAUCAUUUGUUGAUUGUGCUAUUAUUGAUGAUAGACAUUUAAAUUCAUUAUUAGGAGUACAUAAUGAUAAAAUUGAAACAGUAUUAUUAGAAUGGCUUGGACUUUAUGAUGAAGUCGAACAAAUAUCUGUUGAUUUGACUUAUAAAGAAACUGUAGCAACAAAUAUUUCCAGAAUGGAAAUAGAUUAUAAUACAGAAGGAAAAUUUGAAGAUAAUAAAGAUAAAAAUGCUGAAGAUGAAUUCAAUGAAGAAGAGGAAGAAGAAGAAGAACGUAGACGAGAUGAACUUGAUAUGGAAGAAUAUGAUUAUAUGUCUUCAUCAAUUGUUCGACAAUCUGAAACAGUUACAGUAAAUCGUAUGAAUAUAGAAAUACUAUCAAAAUAUGACAAUAAUAGUAAAAGAAAAUCGCAAACUGUACGAAAAAAUUCGAAUAAUGUUCAUCGGUUCAUUGAAUAUAUCAAUCAAAAUCUUACAACUCUUAAUGAUGAAACAGUUAAACAAAUAAAAGAUAAUGUAUGGCAACUUUCUGAUAUUGAGCGUUAUAAUUUAUAUGGAUAUUGGCUUUUAAAAUAUCGACAAUAUUUACAUUUUUCUAUUCAUACUGCAAAUCAAGACCAUAAUGAAAUUGUAUCAGAUCUUGCUAAAAUUCGUCAAACAGAAGAUUAUCAUAUUUUAAAAGAUAGUAUUAUCAUUGCUAUGACAACAACAUGUGCUGCAAAAUAUCAUAAAGUUUUAGAAAAGCUUCAAAGUAAAAUUGUUAUUGUUGAAGAAGCAGCUGCUAUAUUUGAAGCACAUAUAAUAACUGCAUUAAGUACAAAAUGUGAACAUUUAAUUUUAAUUGGUGAUCAUGUACAAUUACGACCUAAUCCAAGUGUAUAUAAUCUUGGAAUAAAAUAUAAUAUUGAUGUAUCAUUAUUUGAACGUUUAAUUAAAAAUAAUUUUCCAAAUGUUCGAUUAAAUAUUCAACAUCGUAUGCGACCAGAAAUUGCUCGUCUUAUGAAAUAUUUUUAUGAUGAUUUAGAUGAUCAUAUAAGUGUUAAAACUGAUCGAGCAUCAGUACGUGGUAUUGAUAAUAAUCUAUUUUUUAUUAAUCAUAAUAAUAAUGAAACAGAUGUUGAUGAUGGACGUUCAAAACGAAAUGAACAUGAAGCUAAAUAUGUUAUUGAAUUAGCACAAUAUUUAAUUAAACAAGGUUAUAGUCCUAAACAAAUAACAAUACUUGUUAUGUAUCUUGGUCAAAAACAAUUUAUUGCUAAACAAACAAGACAAAUAAAUCUUUUACGUGGUGUUCGAAUUAUGGUUACAGAUAAUUAUCAAGGUGAAGAAAAUGAUAUAAUUAUAUUAUCAUUAGUUCGUAGUAAUCCUGAGAAAAAAAUUGGUUUUCUUGGUAUACAUAAUAGAAUAUGCGUAGCUUUAUCACGUGCACGUUGUGGACUUUUUGUUAUUGGAAAUAUGAAUUUAUUAGCAGAAGUUGACGAUAUGUGGAAGAAUAUUUUUACAUCUUUAUUGGAAACAAAAGAAAUAGGAACAGGUUUAUCGCUUUCUUGUCAUCAACAUCCUGAACCUAAAUUUAUAGCUGAUAAACCUGAAUCUUUUGCACAACGUCCAGAAGGUGGUUGCCAAAAACGAUGUGAUGCUCGACUUAAAUGUGGUCAUCAGUGUCAAUUAAAGUGUCAUAAUAACGAUUUUGAACAUGAUGAGAUAGUUUGUCAUAGAAGAUGUGAUGAGAAAUUAUCAUGUGGCCAUCCGUGUACAAAACGAUGUCAUUUUGAAACACCAAAUCAACAUGAUUCAUGUCAUGUUCUUGUUGAAAAAACAAUUUCAGAAUGUGGUCAUCAAAUUCGCAUUGAAUGUUGUAAAACACCAACUAGUAAUGAUUGUAAACAAUCAUCAUUAAUAAAAUUACAUUGUAAUCAUGUUGUUCUUGUUCCAUGUCGCAUUUUAUCAUUACCAUCUGAAUUUAAAGUAUUUCCUUGUCCAGAACCAUGUGGUACCAUUCUUGCAUGUCAACAUAAAUGUGUAGGAACAUGUGGAGAUUGUCGUACAGGAAAAUUACAUGUUCCAUGCGGGGAAAAAUGUGAACGUGAAUUAAUAUGUUCACAUGCAAUAUCUUGUGCAACUAAUUGUCCACCAUGUUCGCGUGAAUGUCAAACACGUUGUACACAUUCUAAAUGUAGAAACAGAUGCGGUGAUUUAUGUGAACCAUGCAGAGAGCUAUGUGCUUAUGAAUGUAAGCAUCUUCGAUGCACUCGUUUAUGUUAUGAACCAUGUAAUCGUGGUCCAUGCAACAAACCAUGUAAUAAAAAAUUGAAAUGUGGUCAUAUUUGUAUUGGUCUAUGUGGUGAACCAUGUCCUCCACAAUGUCGUAUAUGUCAUAAAGAUAUUGUACAAGAAAUAUUCUUUGGUUCUGAAGAUGAACCUGAUGCACGUUUUGUUUUCCUACCCAAUUGUAAACAUAUAAUUGAAGUAACCGCACUCGAUAAAUUCGUCGAAGAUUUUGACAACAAUUCGGAUGAUAAAACAGUUAUCCGUUUUCCUGAAUGUCCACGUUGUCGACAAAAAAUUCAUUAUUGUACGCGUUAUAUGUCAAUUAUAAAUAAAGCGCAUAAUUUAAUAUCUCAAGUUAAAAAGAAAAUUUUGGGUAAUUCAACUAAAGAACAAAUAAAUAAUCGACGAACAGACUUAAUAAAAGAAUAUGAAGAAUUACAAAAGAAUUUAAUAGAAAUUAAUUUUGAUAAGCCUAUGCAAGAUUUUAUUGUAUUAUAUAAAAGAAAAAGAUUCGUUACUGAUGAUAUGUUAAAUUUGAUAACAAAUAUAAUACAAUUUCUUAAUGAAAUAGAUGAUAUUUUAAUUGGUAGACAUAAAAAAUUACCAAAAAAUAUAUUUGAAGAUCUAGUUAAUUUUCCAUUACAGCAUAUUGUGAAAUAUUUAUUUAAACAACAAUUUCAUAGAAAUUUUGCUGAACAACAAUUACAAGAUAUUCAAUCCGAAUUAAAACGCAUUCGUCGAGUAAUCUAUAUUGAAACUCUUAUUUUUUCGUUAAAACAAACUCUGAAACCAAAUGAAAAAGAAGGUAUUGAUUCUAUGCAAUAUUUAACAAAAAAACCGGGUCCAUUUACUGAUCAAGAUCGACAAAAAUUUGAUGAUUUAGCACAACAAUUUGAAUAUUUAAAUAACUUACCUGGUUUAGGAAUAACUGAAAAUGAACGAAUAGCUAUUGUUACUGCAUUAAAUAUGAAACAAGGUCAUUGGUAUAUUUGUCCAAAUGGUCACCCUUAUGUUAUUACUGAAUGUGGUGGUGCUAACCAAGAAAGUCAAUGCUCUGAUUGUGGAGAACGAAUUGGUGGACAAAAUCAUCGUUUAUUAGAAACAAAUCGUCAUUUUGGUUUAAUGGAUGAUUCUCGGCAUGCAGCUUGGUCAAACGAAGCAAAUUUAAAUUUACCAUAG